CUCUUGUAUCAACUAAUUAACCCGCUGAAGCCGGAAGCUGAAAGCUGAAAAUCAAUCUGUGUCUAGAACUUUCUUGUGAUUCGUGCUGUGUAUGGCAGUUAGAUUAUUGUCAGGGCAUGAGGUAUCAGAUCUGUGUCUUGGGAAGCCAGCACUCAGGUCCCUUUCUAUCACCGACACCUUAGCUGACGCACUCUCCGCCCUAAAGAGGAUCGACGACACCUUCGUCUCCGUCUGGAACUGCAACCACUCCCUUGUCAGGUCGCACUUCCCUUCUCCUCCUCCUCCUCAAGAACGAUGUAAAGCCAAGGAGGACGAUUGCAGGUGUGUUGGUAGGCUUUGCAUGCUCGACAUCAUCUGUUACCUUUGCAAGCCGGAAAACCUCUCGGCUCCCGCCGCCGCGCUUCGUUCCCCAAUUUCCCUUCUUAUCACCGACCAUUCCGCUCUCGUCAGCCAUCUCGAGCCCAAUGCCAGCUUAUUGGAUGCUAUAGAUGCUAUGCAUGAGGGAGCACAGAACCUGGUGAUACCAAUUCAAAGCAGUAUCAGCUCAAGGAGAAAGUCCGUUGAAUCUUUGGACUCCAUUUUCCAUAAUAACAACCGCUCCUACUGCUGGGUCACCCAAGAGGAUGUGAUCCGCUACCUCCUGAAUGCAAUCGCGGCGUUCUCACCUACGCCGGCUAGCCCAAUCAACACUCUAAACGUUAUUGACGAUCAAAACCUCUUUGCCGUCAACUAUGAUGACCCUGCAUCGUCUGCAUUAAACCUCCUCUUGUUGUCCCUAAUCCACCAAAGCUCGGUUGCCAUCGUUGACCCGGAAGGCAAAUUCGUCGGGGAAAUCUCGCCGUUCAUGCUCAAUUCUUGCGACGAGGCCGUUGCGCCGGCGCUGGCCACGCUCUCAGCUGGGGACUUGAUGGCCUAUAUUGAUUGUGGUGGACCUCCGGAGGACCUUGUGCAGAUUGUGAAGGAGAGGCUGGAAGAGCAGAAUCUUAGUGCGGCUUUGGAGCUGCUUGGAGAUGAAGGGGGGCUUUCAUCUUGGUCAUCGUUUUGUUCAAGUUCAUCAGAGGAUGAUGCAUCUUCCGGGAAGAAUUGGAAGCUUGGAGGGUACUCUGCGAGGGUAGUGAGGAGGUCAGAGGCCAUUGUUUGCUACCCGUGGAGCUCUCUGGUGGCUGUGAUGAUUCAGGCACUUUCACAUAGGGUCAGCUAUGUGUGGGUUGUAGAAGAUGAUGGAACCUUGACUGGGAUUGUUACCUUUGAGGGCAUGUUGAAAGUUUUCAGAGAACACCUCAAGUCUAUGUGCUAACACACCAAGAUGAUGGGAAACAAAUAAAAAUAAAAUAAAAAACACUUUAAAAUCAUUUGUAAUUUUGUAUAGACCAGACCAUGCUUUGUGUUUUGUUAAAAAAAAAAAAACAAGAUAACUCGGUUUGUAGCUGUGUAAUCACAGUCGUUUUUGGUUGGUGAAUAGAAAACAAAACGGCUCUUUUUCGUA